ACUACUAUCAGUAUCCACCUCGCAGACCAGAUCGUGUGGUGUGGUACCAGUAUGCCAAACAUACAUAUCCUUUGGUCUAUGAUGACUGGCACCCAAAAUACGUCAUUGAUGAAUUUAAAGGAAAAACAAAAAUCUUCUCUGCAUCUGGGAAGACAUGCAGUCUACAGAUCUACCCAGUGACUUGGGCACACCACAGACAGAAGAUUUACCCCUGGGUAGAUCCAGAGAAUGUUGGCAAAUCCACCUACCGAUUCUUUGAUACAACUGUAACAAUUGAAGUUACAAUGCAAAGCCCUGGUGUAAACCAUCGCCCCAUGUCUGAUGGCACAUACAAAACUACCUUAAUGGCCACGUUGCCCAUAAUGAAAGAACACCAAACUGUGACGUGUUCCGUCCAACACCAUAGUGGUCAAACUGCAAGUACCUCUGAAACCUUAAAUGCGGAAUGUUCCUAUUCACCCUUGACUAUCAGCCCUACAUCAGAUGAAUUUCUUGAGGGACACUCAAGCAAAGUAACCUGCAUUGCCUCAUACACGUGCCCUAUACAUCAUCCAACCCUCAAAUGGAACUAUGAGAGCAUGCCAGCAUCCACUGAUACCAGCAGAGCAGCUGCUCAGUGGACGACUGUCUCCACCCUGAAUUUCACUGCAUCAGCUAACGACCAUGGAAAGACACUGACAUGCUCUGGUACAUUCAGUGGGGGGCAGAUGCAGGACGUGAGCAUCACUCUACGGGUAAAAAGAAAUACGCACUUUCGUGGUUGGUCCUUCACCACCCCUGGCAGCAUCACAGGCAUGAGAGGCUCUUGUCUUAUCAUUCCUUGCAGAUUCACCUACAGUAACUCCCAGCCUGCUGACCUACGUGUUAUAUGGUACUUGUACCAAAGCAAUGGAUACCCCCCUGUAUAUGACCAAAGACAAAGUGUUAUUAGUAAGUAUAUAGGGAUAACAAGCCUGGCUGGAUCUGUGGGGGAGAGGAAUUGUAGUCUUAAGAUUGAGAAGCUGGAGGUGUCACACAACCAGGACAGACUUUACCCUUGGAUUGAUGAGAACCCUAUUACCUCCUAUCAUACCAUGGGUCAUACGUUCUAUGAUAAAACCACUCAACUUAUUGUCUCAGACCAAGCACAGCAACCACAGAUGAGCAUCACUGGUAUCCCCACGGUGGGAGAGCAGAGCAAAGUGUCCUGCACUGUGCACCAUACAUGUAUCUCUGCACCCCCCAUCCUGACCUUAAAUGAUGUACGUGGAGCAGACCUCACUGUGGACGUUCUGGUACCUGAUGGGAUGUGGGCAAGGACAGUUGAGCGAACUUGGACUGUACAAGAAGAGGACCAGAGUGUGAAAUGUACUGUUAGCUACUCUGGUGGUCAGAAAGCCACAAGUGAGCUCAGGCUGGAUGUUGAAUGUCCUUACGAUGAAAUCACAAUGGUUGAGCCACCAGAUGAGGUAACAGAGGGUGUGGCAAAAAGUGUCAUUUGUUCUGUUUCCUACAAGUGCCAAAAAAACAAACCAACCAUUGUGUGGAACUACAAAGACCUUCAGAGUUCAUUGCACACCGAACAGAUGUCGAGCUACACCUAUAAGACAGUGUCAAAUCUAACCUUUAUUGGCUCUCUGAGUGAUGACAGAAAACCUUUGACCUGCACUGCUCAGUUUAAUACCGGGGAGACCUCAGCCUUUGCAGUGCUUCAUAUAAAGAGAACAGUGAUGUACCAGGUGGGAAGUUCUCUUCCAGUAGCCAUUUCUGUCUCACUUGUCCUGAUUAUAAUCAUCUUAGCUGCAGUGCUCAUCUAUAGGAAAAGGAAGACCACUGACAACUCGGUGAAACCACCACCUCGGCCAGAGAAAAGGAAGUCAUUCUGGGACAGAUUUUCAAGAAACCAGAACAACAGUGCAGACUUCAGUGUUGGCUAUUUAAGCAGCACCACCACUGUCCAUUAAGACGCCUCAAAGCAACGCUUUCCAUCCCCAAAGGACUGAGUUUUCCAAAACCAGCUCUUCCUUACUUUUUCAAAUGACAUUGCAUUGUAACUCAUUUAGUUGUACAUGAUCUUCUUCCUUUUGUAUUUGUGUGUGAUCCAGUAACCGAAGAACUCCUCACCCUGCCAGGACACAGGGCACUACUGCACCGGUGAGUGGUAAUAUCCACAUCAUAGAAAUUAAAAGCUGCAGCCACAGGUAAUGUUGUUCCUGUGCCAGUGUGUAUGUCUACGAAGAGGCUCAGUCAGUCAUG